CAUACUGGUGCGGGGGGUGUAAUUCUGCGGUCGCGAGUUAAUAUUAUUAAUCAAAACCGUGAACAAUGUGAUACAGUUUCGCCUGCCUGCGGCCAAAAUGCAAACGCGGAAAGCACUCAAUUAUUAAUGCCACUUGCAACAGUAGCAGCGAGCAAAAGUGAAAGUAUUUGCAUACCGAACGGAGUGGGUCACUAAGGAAGAAGAGGAAGGAGAAGCAUAGGCAGACAAACAAGCGAAACGAAGCGGAAAAGAGGAGAAAAUCGGAAAUAAAGUGCAUUAGAAAUAGGUUAAAAAUCACUGCUAAAUGGUCAAUUUGAAUUAGUUAAUAAGUCCCGCCAGUGCAAUUUAUAUAUGUGACGAAAAUUAGUGUUUUGCCGUGCAGAGAGUGGGCGAGUGAGAGCUGGAAAGAGCGAGAAUGGGCACAACAAAAGAGCAACAAAAUGAAGGCGACGCCGCAGCAGCAGCGGCGGCCGUGGGCGCCACCCACACAACACCAACGCAACAUCAGAGGCGAGAGGAAGAAGAAGAGAAGGCGAAGACGCUGCCCACACCGCUAGUGGUAAUCAUUCCUGCUGCCCAGGGCUCGACCAUGGCCACAAAUGCCGCCAAAAAGAUACGCCGCGCCUUCUCCAUGCCACGCAAUCCGUUUCGCUGGUCGCGCAAGUUCAAGACGGCGGCCGCAGCGGCAGCACUAACAACAGACGUGGAGUCUGGAGCCGGCAAGGAUAAAGCCGGGGAGCGUCGAGGCAGCCAUACGGCCAUUUCGUCCUGCGUAAGCGGCGGACGGGGACGCAGCGGCAGCAUUGUCUCGCUGAGCAGCUACGAGGCGGCGCCUGGAGACGCGUCAGCCACCACCACCACCAAUACAAAUGCCAAUUGUAACAGCAGCAACAACACCAAUAACAGUAACAUUAACAGCAAUAAGCGGGCACGUGUUCUGCGCCGUUCGUCCUUCAAGAAAUUUCUCAAUCGCAUUGCCCAGCAUCUGAGCGCAACGAUAAAUGUUGGAUCGGAGGAGCAGAACUCUGCCGCCGCAAGUCGUGUGAACUUGAUAGACAUCGUUCCCUUCUACACCGGAUGCUGGCGCAGGAAAGAGGCGAAUAAACACCGGCAAACGAAUGGAUUGGGGUCGGCGAGCAGCGGCGGCGGCGGAGAUCGAGUGCCUCCCAUUGGGGGAUAUCAGUGGCCGCCGGAUCAGACGCCCGGAGUGAUGGGGCUGAAGAAUCAUGGCAACACCUGCUUCAUGAACGCCGUGCUGCAGUGCCUCAGCCACACGGACAUACUAGCCGAGUACUUUGUUUUGGAUCAGUACAAGGCUGACCUUAAGCGACGCAACAAGAUCAAUUCGCGAAAGUUCGGCACCAAGGGAGAGCUCACCGAGCAGCUGGCGAAUGUGCUGAAGGCCCUGUGGACAUGCCGCAAUGAGAGCGACCACAGCACGGGCUUCAAGGCGGUGGUGGAUCGAUAUGGGACGCAGUUUCGCAGCUCAACGCAGCACGAUGCGCAGGAGUUCCUUUUCUGGCUGCUGGACAAGGUGCACGAGGACCUCAAUACGGCCAGCAAGCGACGCUACAAGAGCAUCAAGAACUCCUAUGGCCGGUCGGACGAGAUCAUUGCCGCCGAGACGCUGGCGAAUCACAUCCGAUGCAACAACAGCUUUGUGCAGGCCGUGUUCCAGGCCCAGUUCCGCUCCUCGCUGACGUGCCCGCGCUGCAAGAAGCAGUCGAACACCUUCGAUCCCUUCCACUGCAUCUCCGUGCAGCUGCCGCAGCUCACACAGCAGACGAUCUUCGUCACGGUGGUGUACAUGAAGCAGCAGCCGCGACAGAUCAAGAUGGGGUUGCGAGUGCCGGCUGGAUCACCGAUUGUGGCCCUGCGAGAGCAACUACAGACGGACACGGGAAUUGCUGGUUCGCGCAUGGUGCUAGUGGACCUCAAUGCCGAGGGAUUCACGCAUGUCUUCUAUGACACGCAGCCGGUGGACACGCUCAGCAGCAUUGAAAGCAUCUACUGCAUCGAGGUGCCGGAAGCGGAGACAGAGAGUUCCAGACCCCAGCCAAAGACCGCCGCAACCCCAAAGGCCUCAUCCUCCCCGUCGGCGCCCGAAGCGGCAGAGAAGAUCACAUCUGCCCCUGCUACAUCAGCUGCCCCACAGGCAGAUCUACUCCUCCUAGUGGCCAACGUUUACAGAGCAAAGGAUGGCAAGGACAUGACCCGAUUCGGGGCACCAUUCAGUAUGAAAGCGCCGCGUGACUGCUCCUACCAGGAUCUGCAGAAGCGGAUGCUGCGCGAGAUGUCGCCGCUGCUCAAGCCGGAGGUCUUCUCCUAUGCCACGCCGCUGGCGGAUAUGUUCCGCAUACGGCUCCAGGACCCCUCCGCGGACCCUGACACCUACCUGGAGCAGGUGGAGCAUCCGCUGCUCACCGAAAUGAUCGACAUGGCGCUCACAGUGCUCGCCUCGGAGGCGGGGCCGCCGCACAUUAAGCUUCUGCUGGAAUGGAGCUCGCCCGAGGAACACUUCCUCGCCCGCCAGCAGGAGACCGACGAUGAGGCCGUAGUCGAGCACGAGAGCGUGGCACGGCUAAGCGCGAGCAAGGCCAAAGAUACCGCCGCGCUAACGCUGGAGCAGUGCCUGGAGCACUACACCAAGGCGGAGACGCUUAGUGCGGAGGACGCCUGGCGCUGUCCCCAUUGCCAGCAGUACUUGCCCGUGGUGAAGACGCUGGGCCUGUGGUCGCUGCCCGAUAUUCUGGUGGUGCACUUCAAGCGCUUCCGCCAGCACCAGUCGAAGGGUCCGCAGGCGGCAAAGCUCACCACGAUGGUCAAGUUCCCGCUAACCGCCUUCGAUAUGUCCCCCCACCUGGCCAAGGGUGUCCACGAGAGUGCAACCAGCAGCUCCCUGGGAUUACUGGACGGCGGUGGUCGCGGCUCUAAUCUGUGGAAGCGGGCCCGCUCCGGUGACUCGCGCUCCUCCACCCUCAACUCUCGCUGCGACCCCAAGGACACGCGGUACGAUCUGUAUGCCGUUUGCUACCACCAGGGUGAUACUCUCGAGACGGGCCAUUAUACGGCGGCCUGCAAGAACCCCUACGACCGGCAGUGGUACAAGUUCGAUGACCAGCGCGUCAGCAAGGUGCCCGAAGACGACAUCGAACAGGACAUCAUCAAUAACGAGGCGUAUAUGCUGUUCUACCAGCGACGCAGCGUCGAUGUCGCGGAAUGUUCCGGAUCCAGCUCAAACUCUGGGGAUCACUGGGUCUCCCGCAUUGCCCCGGCACCAGCUUCGGCAACCUCUUCAUCGGCCGCCUCAACAUCUGGCAAGGAGAACGACGGGGCUAUCAAGGCGGAUGCGGGCUCUAGCGAAGUGGCCGAAAGUGGUCCUGCCGCGGAGAAGGCUCAGUCCAAGCCCGUGCAUAUUCCACUUGUGGGUGAAGAAGUUGCUCCCGAAAUCACAGAACCUGCGGUACAGGAGGAACCUAAAUUUGCCGCCCACGAACUGCCCCUCAACAUUGAGGAGUUGGCCUUUGCCGAUGCCGAUGCGGAUGUUAGUUUGUGUGAAGAUACCAAGAAUGAGAGGAUUGAAGCUACACCAGAGCCAAGCCCAAUAAGUGCAGCUGCAGCUACAGAACCCAAAGCUGCUGCGGCAGCGGAAGCAGCUAUUGAAGAAGUCACGCACAUAUUUGCCAUGGACGAGGAGCAGAAAGAGGAGCCCAUGGAUCUGUCAAAGGUUAUAAACGGUAGCGAAAUUCUGCCCGAAAGUCUGCCUAUCGCUGAAGUGGUUCGGACCAAUGGCCAUGUGAGUCCCUCCUCUAGCUCGGCAUCGUCGGAGAGCUCGCUCUCGUCGCGUUCCUCGCCACGUUCGCUUACCACAUCCGUGACGGCGACAUCUACGCUGCAAAACAAACUCAAUGGCCACAUGAACUCCGCAUGCUCAGGCAUGUUCAAUGGGAAUGGAAAUGGGAAUGCGACUGUGAAUGGCACGCACCCGCAGCUAUCAUCCAGCCUGCAGCUCACGCGGCAGGUGCUGAGCAACCAUAAUUGGCACGGAUCGCGGAGCAGUGUCUCGGCUGUGGAGAAUGCCACACACCAGCAGCAAAAGCAGCAAGCGGCGGCGGCGGCUAGCCUCAGUCUGCGGCACUCCUUCUCCACCAGCUCCAACUACAAGCUGCGCGAGUGCACCGAGACGCUGUCCUCGCUGCUGCGCAACUCGACAAAUACGUGCAGCAAGGACACUUUGCUGUUUAUUGAUCAGCAGAGCCAUCAUCACACGUCAGGCCUGAUCGAGGAUGACGAUGAUUCGUAUAUGGGAAGAUCCUUGUGGAUAUCCCCAGUGACGCCACAUAAACUGAUUACAGUUUCGCCCAAGAAUUAAUUUGCGCCGACGAAGAACACACAAAACACAAGCAGGAAGCAGGAUGCAGACACACACACAAAAACGCACUAUAGCCAUAAGUCUAAAGUUUACUUUAUAUUGAUAUUUCUAACGUUUAAGAGAACGAUCGAUAAGCAUUACGAGGACGUUAUACAACACGGUUUACUUUAGUAGGAUAUAUAUUAUAUAUACAUACAUAUAUAUACAAGAUAAUCCGAUAGCUGCAAUAUGGCAUUACGUGGUAAAGUAGAGAGGAAAACUUCUCUAGGAAUUCAUUAAGCUUAAGUUUAUUUAUUUUAAUAUGAUGGCCGUUUCUAGAGCCAACGACGAGAAGGACUCUUGUUCAUAUUUUACCACUUGACAUUGCAUUAUAUUCUGUAUAACUACAACAUUAAUUACUAAGCCAAACAAACAGUGAAGUACAAUUUCGAUUCGUUUCGGUUUAGUUCCCCACGCCCCCACACACAUUUCGCCCCUACCAGUACAAGCUUCUCUGUAUAGAUAUAGUACUCCUCCAUCCAUUUCGGAUGUGUAUCGAUGAAGUGCUUGGCAUUACCAAUUAAUUUUAGAUCUUUCUUUCUACACGAAACCAAGUUUCAAAGAACAUUUCUCUACGUAUAGAUACCUACAGACAACCUCGUAUAUAGAUCUACCUUUAUUAUUCUUCAAUUACUUUUGUACACUUUGAAUUGCCAUUUACCAAACGAUUUGCCUAAAACUUGCAAGAUUUGUAAGCACACACGAAAAGGCCCCAUAUAUCUAUGUAUGUAUUUCUUUCGAUUCACAUUGGUUCUAUAUACCAGAUAUUAAUAAUAUUAAUAUACAUUGUAUGUACAUGUAUAGAAUGUAUACUGAAACAUAUUACUUUAUAAAUAGUGUAUUGUACAUGUAGAAAAAGCAUUACACCAAAACAUUAUAUUGAUAACAAAUGUUUAAAGACUCUAUGGCAUUGUUUUUGCAAAAUGUUUAUUAUACAUAUAUACGUACUGUACUCUACAUAUACAUACAUAUUAUGUAUGUAUGUAUUAUAUAUAUACACGACACAUCCAUGUAUACACGGAACGGCGGACAAGGAUCGGGACUAUGGAACAGUUGGAAAGAAAUGGAGAAGAGGAAGGAACUUUAUUACGAUGUGUAAUGUUCAUUGAAUUCAUAAAUAAACGUGAAAUUGUUGGAAAUAA